AGCCAGAUCUCAUUUCGAUUUCAGUUUCGCUUCGACAAGGAUCCAAAUUUAACUAACAAAUUUAGUAGCAAAAUAAUUUUACGAAAUUAUUAGUUUUUCUCGAUUUUUUUUGGAUAUUGUUUGGAAUUCUCGAUUAACAAAAUGUGUUCGCCGUGUGGACCGGGAUGUGGACCCUGCGACCCCUGCUGUGGGCCCUUCGAGUGCUCGCCCAAGUGCUACAACUCAGCGCAGCUGGAGGCCCUGCCGCAAUGCGCGCCGCGCAUUCCGCCGCCCUUCCCCAAGUGCAUCACCGUGCAGCAGCCACCUCGCAUGAUCUGCAAGAAGCGGGUCGUCUUCACCGAGAAGAUAGUGCCGGAGCCGAUGGUCGUUAACCGAUGCAGGCAGAUCACGAUCCCGAAGGUGGUCGACGCCACGCGAGUCAUCAAGGUGCCGAAGCUGAUCUGGGUCUCGCAGAUGGUGCGGGAGCCACGCGUCAUCUACUACCCGUCGAUGAUACCGGACCCGUACGUCGUCUGCUACCCGAAGCGGGUCUGCGAGCCGAGGGAGGUGUGCCAGUCGAUCCUCUGCCAGCCGAAGCCGCAGACAAUCGACAUCCCCCCUCCGAGGGAGUACUGCUGCUACCCGAACGGACCCAUCAACUACAAGCCGAGCGCCGCCUGUCCGCCGUGCCCCAUUGGACCCUGUGCCCCGGGCGGAGGAUGCUGCCCCUUGCCGUGCUUCUCCACCAACCAGUAUCCCAUUGCCGAGGGACGCUGUGGGCCCUGUGGCCCCUGUGGUCCUGGAUGCGGUCCUUGCGGGCCAUGUGGGCCGUGCGGUCCUGGAUGCGGCCCCUGCGGGCCAUGCGGGCCAUGUGGGCCUUGUGGACCUGGACCCUGUGGCUAUGGUCCUUGCGGCCCUUGUUAACCUACAAAAAGGGCAGAUCCUUGCGAAUGUUCGAAUCUUCUGUCGAAUGUUUCGGACUGCACACUUUUCGAGUCCUCUAUCGAAACGAAAUUUACAAUUGUCAUUGUUUCGAGAUGCAUUUGAUUAAAUAUAGUUGAAAAUUCUUUUGACAA